ACGACGAUCGUUGCUCGAUCUUUGACUAUAAAAGCUGCCGGCAGGCUGGGAAAGAUCGUCAGUCAACUGUGUGUGCUACAGCUCCUAAGUGUUACAAACAAACUUCUUCCGUCGUUUUACCGUCGACAACAACCAACAACUCACCAAAAUGUACAAGCUGUUCGUUCUUGCUUCCAUCCUGGCUGUUGCUGCCGCCGCCCCAGGACUCGUGGUCGCUCCGGCCGUCGUGCACUCUGCCCCGCUGGUCCACGCUGCCCCAGUUGCCGUGAGCCACUCCUCGUCGCACGUUGUGCACCAUGCCCCAGUUGUUAAGACUGUUGCCGUUCACUCCGCACCGGUUGUUGCCGUCCAUCACGCCCCGGUCGUGAAGGCUCUCCCGGUUGUGCACCACGCUCCGGUCGUCCACCAUGCCCCAGUUGUCCACCAUGCUCCGCUCGUCAAGACCGUCGUCCACUCGUCCCCGGUGGUUCACUCCGUGCACCCGGUCCCAGUCGUCAAGAGCGUCGUUGCCAGCCCGGUCGUCCUCCACCAUCACUAAACGGUCCACCAACAACUCUGUGUCCGUGUCCGCGUUAGUGUCUGUAACACUUAGAGACUUGGCACUUGGCACUCAGUAACUUUUUCUACACAAGCAGCAGAAAACCACCAACACCUCGAAAACUCUAACCGUCACCCGUUCUAGGCACCACUUCCCUGGCGAGCGGGUCAUGUAAAUAUGUAGUGCAGCCGAAAACACACAGAAGACAAACAAACAAACAAAAAACUGCAUCAAACACGCACACAAAACCCAAACUUCUUCAGUCGAACAAAUUUGAGUCAAUCGAAAGUGAGUGUGUGAGAGAGUAAAAAAGUUAUGAACAUAUCAAUACAACUUUGUUGAAAAAGUUAAA